UUUUUGGAUUAUCUCUAUCCAGGAGUCCUCUCUCUAGACGGUGCGACACUGCAGCAACAAACUACCACCGAUGUCCGCAGCGGUAGCUACUGAGAACGACGUGCUGGAUACGCCGGUUCUCGAUGCGGAACGAGCCAAUCUGCUGCAUCGUAUUACGGAGGAAGGCGGCUACGCUUACGCGGGAAUGGAGGCUCUAGCUGCGGGAGGCGAUGCGAGGGCGGCAGAAGCGGCGAGAGAAAUGGCCUGGGAGCAGCUGCACUCUGGUCCCUGGAAUUCGGUUCUUCCCAUUUGGAGGGAUGCGUACUCCAUUGCGUGUCUCCAUGCCGCAAGGCUCCAUUACAAAGCUGGAGAGUUCUGCCAGGCCAUUCAAGUUCUCGACAUGGGUAUCAUCAUGGGCGGAUUGACUCUUCGUGACGACUUUAAUCUCGCAGUGCGAAAGGCAUCGAUGAAAGCGAAUAGUUCAAUAGAAGCUUUCCCGCGGAAGGAUCAAUCGGAAGAACCAAAUACAAUUGUUUCUCCAGAUUUUCAUAUAGAGGAGGUGAGGUUCGUCUCUUCCAUGCACACUCUCUUCCACCUUUAAAUUUGUUGCAAAAUUACCGCGAUUGAGCUUAUAACAUUGCGGCCUGCCCCUCAUUCACUAACGACUACAGUGUUAGCUGCUAGUGUCAAUUACUUUUGUGUUUGCAGGCUGUGUAUUUAUUACUAGACGCAGGUACCUUUUCAUGUGCAUUGUAAGCCUAUAAUUCUUCAGUUGGUGACUUCUCAUAACGCUUGUAGUCUAAAAGGUAUCAUGGGUUUUGCCUGUAAAGUCACUCUCUUGUAAAAUGGUUGGAAAAAGGUCUGCAUUAUCCUUGGAGAGCUUCCUUCAAGAUCAUUUUUUAGCUGGAUCGCCUGUUGUUAUCAGAGAUUGCAUGGAUCAUUGGCCAGCCAAGGGCAAGUGGAAUGAUUUGAACUACCUACGUAGUGUUGCUGGAUAUCGUACAGUACCAGUUGAGGUUGGAAAGAACUACUUGUGCUCAACAUGGAAGCAAGAGCUGAUCACAUUUUCUGAGCUUCUAGAGAGGAUUCAGAACAAUGGCUACACAUUUUCCGAAACCACAUACUUAGCUCAACAUCAAUUAUUUGAUCAGAUCCAAGAGCUGAAGCAUGACAUUCUUGUCCCUGAUUACUGUUGUGCUGGAGGUGGAGAAGUCAGGUCACUAAAUGCUUGGUUUGGCCCAGCUGGUACAGUGACACCAUUGCAUCAUGAUCCCCACCACAAUAUACUUGCUCAGGUGGUUGGAAAAAAGUAUGUAAGGCUUUACUCUUCUCGUCUCUCAGAAGAGCUUUACCCACACACUGAGACCAUGCUCUGCAAUUCCAGCCAGGUGGAUCUGGACAAUAUAGAUGAAAGCGAAUUUCCAAAAAUGAUAGAUCUUGAGUUCCAAGAUUGCAUCUUAGAGGAAGGAGAGAUGCUUUACAUACCCCCGAAAUGGUGGCAUUAUGUACGCUCAGUCACUACAAGUUUUUCUGUUAGUUUUUGGUGGAGCAGCACUGAUGAUAAUAAUGCAUCAGAUACCUAAAUCUUUUAUUUAAUCACCGAUAGGUUUUUGGUACACAGUCACAAAGAUACACCCGCAAAACAAUUUCACGGAAAGAUGCCAAUGUGGUUUUGGCUGUACCAUGCAUUGCCAUUAUAAACCCCGAACUGGUGUAGGAAUGCAUAAUCAAUACAUUUUCGCUUAGGGAUGGAAUCGGGCCUGGUUGGGUCAGGCUCAGGCCCGGCGUGCUUCAGUACUACAAAAUUCAGGCCCGAUACCGGCCUGGUUUGUACUAGUUCCGGUCCGGGUACCCGGAUGGGUCUCGGUCCAGUCCCAGGCCGGGUUGGGCUGGUCCUUUGGUUAUUUUUUUUUUCGAAUUAAUUCAACAAGUGCUAGACAUUAAAAAUCAAAUGUAUAUUUAACUAUUUAUUUGAUAUAUAAAGUACAGUUGAGAAUUGAGAAUAAUUUAAAAC